AUGGCCUUUGUUCGAGGUACCACCAAGCUGUUCACCGUGUCUGUGAGUGAUUCCAAUGCCACCAUUGUCAACAGGUGCACCCUGCCAGCCCUGGAGCACGCCCAGCCUGCCAGCACCUGCGCCCUGGACCUGGAGCUCUGGCAUUGGCGCUUUGGGCACGUCAACGUGGACUACGUGCGCCGGAUGCUGAAGGAGGACAGCGUCUCCAGCCUCAAGCUCAACUCAGACACCGCUCCAGAUGCCAUCUAUGAGCCUUGCAUCUUGGGCAAGCUGCACUGGCCUCCUGUGCCUCUGAGGGCCUCCUGGUGGGCGUCAGAGGCCCUGGACCUCAUUCACAUGGACGUCCACGGUCCUAUCCCUGUCCAGUCCAAUUGUGGACGCAGGCGGCUCAAAGAACACAACGACAGUUUACUGGUGCCAGGGAGGAUGUGA